ACACUGGUUCACAUCUUUGUUUUAUUUUUUAAAAAGACUUGGUAAACAAAAUUGAUAAGAUAUGCGCUGGUACCAACACGUCAACGCCAAACUCUCGUGCGAAAGUUUAUCUGCGCCCCCUCUCCCCCCUUCUUCAUUCAUCUAAAAGUGUAUAUGUGCUCCAGCGCGGAUUAAAACUCGGCUCUGCUGCCCUCGCUCUUCCGCGCGUGUGUGUGUGUGUGUGUAAAAGAAGUUUAUUGGCUUAAAUAUUUGUACAAAGGGCCAAAGGGCGCAGCCUCUCUGGAAAGUGUAAUUUUUGCAGUACGAACAGCAGGUGAAAAUUAAAUCGAAAAAAUAAAAAAAGUUAAGAGAAAAAACAGUUAGUUACAAGAAGUGAAGAAGAAGAAGCAGCUCAGCCGCUACUCCAUCGAAGACGCGCAGGGCGAAAAGUGACGCAAAAGAAACGUUGCUAAUUACAAAAGCCAGCACAUCAGAAUGGAGCUGGAGCCGCGGGUGGCCAUCCUGCAGGAUCUGCGUCUACAGACCUUCGAUUCCAUACGCUUUGCCUCGUACAGGACAGCCUCGAAGCUGCGCUACAUACAGAAGUCGACAAAUCUGCACUUGGUGGACAUAUGGAACGUGAUCGAGGCAUUCCGCGAGAAUGGACUGAACACUCUGGAGCCACAGAGCGAGGUCAGUGUGGCACGGCUGGAGACGCUCGUGUCCUCGCUGUAUCACAAUCUGAACAAACGUCUGCCCACCGCCCAGCAGGUGCCGGUGGACUCCAAAGCGGGUCUCUUGCUCAACUGGCUGCUUGCUGCAUAUACAAGUGAUAACUCGGGAAAGAUUCGUGUGUUCUCCAUCAAAGUGGCACUGGCCACUAUGUGCUCUGGCAAGCUGGUGGACAAACUUAGAUAUAUCUUUUCACAGAUUUCGGAUGGAGCCGGACAGCUGGUGGCCUGGAAGUUGGGGGAAUUCCUGCGGGAGGUGCUGGCAUUGCCGGCGGCUGUCUAUGAGUCGCCUACAUUCCAUUACAAGGAGGGCCUCGAGGAGGAGAUCUUUCCGGCGGAGAACAAGGUGACGGUGAACGAUUUUAUGGCAACACUUAUGUCCGAACCGGGCCCCUCGUGCCUCGUGUGGCUGCCACUGCUGCAUAGGCUGGCCACCGUGGAGACGAUUGUGCAUCCGACGAUCUGCUCUGUUUGUCACAAGGAAAACUUCACCGGAUUUCGUUACCGUUGUCAGCGGUGCCACGCCUACCAAUUGUGCCAGGAGUGCUUUUGGCACGGCAAGACAUCGCUGAAUCACCAAAACGAUCACGAGGUCAAGGAGUACUCGAGCUACAAGUCGCCCAGCAAACAGAUUGGUCACUCGCUGCGCAAGAGCUUCCGCUGUGUGCCCGAGAAGACGACGCAAGUGUUGCCACGGUUCCCGGACCAGCCCGAAAAGACCCUCAACCUGUCGCACAUCGUGCCGCCCUCGCCUUUGCCCUCGCACAACGGUUUCAACGAUCCCACGCUGGCCCUCGCCGGCGCCCACCACGGCCACCUACCGCCCGGCAUCUUCGACCGCUCCAGCACCCUCGACUCGCGGGCCACCGGCCGCAGCAUAGACAGUGCCGCCUGCACUGGCGGCGGCGGCGGCACCACCAUCUCUAGACUAGCCGCCGCCUCGGCCAACGAUGAGGAGCAUCGCCUGAUUGCCCGCUAUGCGGCACGUCUGGCCCAGGAGAACCGAGCACCUUCGAAUAUGUCGGAGAGUGCCACGCCCAUUGGCACGGACAACUCGCGUGCCCAGCGUGAGCUGAUCGCCCAGUUGGAGUCGAAGAACAAGGAGAUUAUGCGGGAGAUAGCCCGCCUGCGUCGCCAGCAGGAGACCGAGCAGAUGGCCCCCGAGAAUCCGGCCCUGAUCAACGAGCUGCGUGCGUUGCGACAGCGCAAAGGGGAGCUGGAGGGUCAUCUCGGUGCGUUGCAGGACUCGCGCCGCCAGCUAAUGGAGCAGCUGGAAGGACUGAUGCGAAUGCUGAAGAACCAACAGACUGCCUCGCCCCGGUCCACGCCCAACUCAAGUCCUCGCUCGGGCAAGUCGCCGCCCAUGCCUGGCGGAGGGGGAGCUGGCAUCCUUGGUACUUCGCCGAUGAGUGCCCUGCAUGCCCAGCAAAUGCAGCAUCCAAUGGGUGGACCUGGAGUGCGGGUCAGCCAGCAGCAAAUGAUGCAGGCACAGCAGCAACAACAGAUGCAGCAGCAGCAACAGCAACAGCAGGGACAUGGACCCUUCAGCCAGAGCCAACUGGAUCAGCUCAAUUUGAUCAGCACCGAUAUGCGCAGCGCCUUUGCGGCCAAUGGCAGUGCAACGCCACCGCCAAUGCGCACCAACAGUCCCACCAAUGCCAGUCCCAGUCCAGCCGAUGCCGAGCUCAAUGAAGCCGCCGAUAAUCUAACCUCGGCCAUAACCCACAUGGUCAGCGACCUGAAUGCAGGACGGGCAGCGGGACCUGGACAAAGUGGAAGCUCCCUGCCCCAGGCUCGUUUCAUACUGCCGCUGGAAUAUCGUCACGUCGAGGGCGGCGAGUCCUCGGGCUCGAGUCAGUGCGAGUGUAACGAGUGCAACUGCCAAGUGUAUGAGGAGAUCUUCCGCACCGACGGGGAAUACGAGUGCCAAGGCGCCUCUGCCGUCGUGACGUCGCAGCCAGACUCUGAUUCAGAUAUGGAUGAUUCCCGCUUGUCGCCGGUUCAUUUCGAUUAUACUUUCGGCCUUGGCGAUGAGCAGUCGCAGGUGAAUCGCAUUCUGGGCUAUCGGAACCAUCCCGAACUCUUCAUCGACGAUGACCAGGCGGGGUUCCCGGGCCUGCACGAGAUCGAUUUCGACGAAUCUCAAUCAUAUAACCAAGAGUGGACCGAAAAGGCAAAUGCGAAUAGCCAAUGGCAGGAGCAGUUUGCACAAUGGAGUCUUAAUUCACAAAAUAACUAAUUCGUCUCAGUGGAUAAGUGAAGGAGGAAACCCACCAGGAGAACAGCAGCAGCGGCAGCAGCAAUGGACUGGAAUACACUGGGUUGGAGGCAGCUGAUACCAUGCAGAAGGCGACUCUCGCUUAGCUUUUUAUCUUAACUCAUAUGUUGACUUAGAGCAAUUUAUUUAUUGAUUAUUUUAUGGGGUAGUCGUAGCCAACACUAAUCCUUAAUCCUUACAAUUUAUACUUUUGCGCAGCGGUAUAGUACCGCACAUACAUAUUUAUAUGAUUAUAUUUUAUGCAAACACACAGUAAAGAAGCAAUGAAUAAGACUCGCAGUUGCACUGCACUCUGAAGUCGCAAAUCUCUUGAAUCUCGUGGAAACUUUCGAUGAUCGAACUCCCCAUGAAGCUGUUGGGAGCAUGGAUAGAUCGAGAGUUUUUUUAAUUUAGGUUUUUACGAUUUCGUAUUUGGCUUUUAGAUUUUUAAGCGCCUGCAUAAGCAGAUAUUUAUUAACAAAAUGAAAAUCAAACACGUAAUGCAAAUACAAAUACAAAUACAAAUACGAUAUAGACAUUUAAACAUGUACUUAAUACUAGAUACUUGUUGAGAAAUCAAAAUCAAACUCUAAGCGCCCGAUCUAAUACACACAAUACACACACUUUGAUAUACGGUAAAGCCAAUAACUAAUUAAAUUAAUUGAAAUUAAAUACCAAUCCAAUGUUGAACACUAACACGAAACUAGGCGCAUGGACAGCAUCGAUCAAAUUCGAUCUACAUACAUAAUUUAUAUUAUUAUCACUCUAUAAUAUUCAUUCAUACAAAAUGUUAUACAAUAUAAUCAUAAAGGCGUAGAAAACGAAAGAAAAAACCCAGAAAUUAAUAGAAAGUAUGCAUACAAAUACUGAAUAAUAUUGCAAAAUGCGAAAUCUAA